CAUCAUUCAACUCACCACAAAAUUAUAACCUUAAGAAAAUCAUCUGGGAAGAUAACGAAGGUGGAGCAACAUAAAUAGAGGGGUCGCCUCAUUUGUUUGAGUCCAUCCAGACCUGCAGAGCGUAAUUUGGCUGCAAACUAUUCAUAGUUACAAUGGCUGAGACAGUGGUAUUGAAGGUGGGUAUGUCCUGUGAAGGUUGUGUUGGAGCUGUAAAAAGGGUACUCACCAAAAUGGAAGGGGUUGAAACAUUUGAUGUGAACUUGAAAGACCAGAAAGUGACGGUGAAAGGAAAUGUAAAGCCUGAGGCAGUUCUACAAACUGUCUCGAAGACUGGUAAAGCGACAAGCUUCUGGCCUGUGGAAGCUCAGGAAACUCCUAAGGAGUAAUAGAUGUCUUCAGUUUGAAGAUUUAGUAUGUUAGUAUCAGCAAGUAUGCCGCGAUAUUCAUCAUGUGGCACUAUAAGUUUGUAAUGAAUUUAGUGACCUUGUUUGUAAUUGAGAUUUGCAGAAUUACAUUCUGCAAUUCUAGUAUUAAAGAGAGGUUCUUAUAAGACUA